ACCCUGGCAGGUCUUCCUACCGAGGUGCGGGUCAAGAUUCUCGAGUAUACCAACUUGGUCGCCCCCGGGAACAAAGUAGAAUACGGCAGAGAGGAUCGCGUGUACCGAGCCUGCCACGCGUCGCAUGAAGUCGGCUGCCUACACCACAGCCCCGGCAAUGGCAUGAAUCAUACUGUCGGCAGUUUCUCCCACCGCCAGCACGCCGCCUCGUUUGCUACUUGUCGCUGCUGGGCUUCCCCGACCAAUCUCUUUCUCGUCUCCCGUGCCCUUCGCCGCGACGCCGAGUUCGUCUUCUUCUCCAUGAACACUUUCGUCAUCCACGACGCCAUCACUACCACGGGACGGCUCUCAUUCUCCACGUCGUUCUGGCCUCCCCGGGCCCCAGGCGAUACGUGCCUCUACCCGUAUGGCUCGCUCGCUGUAUCAACGUUUCUCAGGAGCGUGGUGCCAGAAGACUGCCUCCCCCACCUCCGCGCCCUCGAGCUGAUCUUCCCGCCCUACGACCCCGACGUCUGGUCCCAUUCGGAACACGCCGCGCUCCAGGACUGGCGUGCCACCGUCUCCUGGGUCCGGUCCAAGAUCGACGCGCCC